AUGACAUCCCUCCAAAGCCUCCAAUCAACCUACCGCCUAAACUCAGGCCAUGAGAUUCCCAUCCUCGGCUACGGCGUCGACUCAGCAAUCAUGUACCGAAACGAAAAGGCCUGCGGCCGCGCAAUCGCAAACUCCGGCCUAGACCGCUCGCAAGUCUUCUUUACAACCAAGAUCCCGCCAGGGUCUAUGGGGUAUGAGAGGACCAAGCGCGCCGUCGAGGGUAGUCUCCGGGAAGCGGGGGUGGAGUAUUUCGAUCUAAUCCUGAUCCACGCCCCCUACGGCGGCAAAGAAGACCGUCUAGGUUCCUGGCGGGCGCUCGUCGAAGCCCAGAAAGCCGGCAAGACAAAGUCCAUUGGGGUCUCCAACUACGGGAUCCACCACCUGGGCGAGCUGGAGGAGUACAUCCAGCAAGGAGGAGGCGGGGCCAUUGAUGUCGGCCAAUAUGAGAUCCAUCCGUGGUGCGCGCGCGAGGAUAUCGUGGAGUGGCUUCAGACGCGGAAUAUUGUUGUCGAGGCGUAUUCGCCUCUUGCACAUGGGACGCGCAUGGGUGAGACGGUGCUGAAGGAGCUGGGGAAGAAGUAUAAUAAGUCGCCUGCGCAGAUUAUGAUUCGGUGGUGUUUGCAGAGGCCUGUCCGCCAUUCAACAGCGACCAUGAAGCUAAUCCUCUCCACCUCAAAUCUUAUGGAGUCCGGAGGUCACACCGUAAUCCGGCAAGCUUCGACGGAAAAAUCCAACGUGGAGUUGAUCAACUCGCUGCGGUCAAAUUUCCAGACGGCGCAACAAUUAUCUUCGGCCGAGACGACAACGACCCCGCGGUAUCGGGCUUGGACCCGGGAGACCGAAGACGGCCUCUACAUCCCGGCGAUUGACUUCGCGCAGCGCGGGCUGGCAGAGGAGAAGGCGCAGUACGAUAUUACGGUCAAAUUGUUCUAUUUGCCGGGGAUUCCGGCGUCGCGACGAUGUGCGCAUACGAGGGAGGCAAUUGAUUUGGUCUUGAAGGAGCUACAUGUGGAUUCUAUUGAUCUAUUGAUUGUUUCUUUCCCUGGGAUUUUGUUCGACGCGGAGGAUGAUAGUGAAGAGGAGGUGGCGUCGGAUACUGGGAGUGAGGAGCCAGAUGAUUUUGACAGCAUGAUUCGCACGUGGAGGGUGCUCGAGGAUCUCAAGGAGCAGGGUAGGAUUUCUCAGCUAGGCGUGGCGGAGUUUGGCAGUGAGAGACUCGCCCGGUUCCUGCCGCAUACGAAGGUCAAGCCCUCCGUCGACCAGAUCAACCUCAAGGACUGCUGUGUCGUGCCGAAAUCGUUGAUUCUCUAUGCGAAAUCUGAGAAUAUCCAGCUCCUCACCCACAACGACUGCAUGGACAUCCUGCCCAUCGGUACCACACGGGAACUCCUUGGUCCGGGCGAGAAGGGUGCCGGCAUUCUUGCUUCCGCUCCAGAUGCGGACGACGGAAUUCAGGGUGAUGUCGAGCCGCAGUGGGUGGUCAAGUAUACGGCUGUUGUCAAGGACCGCGGUGUUGUCGAGAACAAGGGCUAUUUCGCACUCGCCGAUAUGGGAACCUGCGUCAAGGCUCGUGAAGAAUGA